UCAUUGCCUCUGCCCAUGGGGAAAAAUGAUCUGCUGCCAUCCAUUGACCAAAAUAUAGUCUGCCGUUAGUCGUCGGACCGUUCAGUCUUUUUCGUUCGAACAGUGCUUAACGAGUAGUGUGUUAGACCGCACACCUUUUUUAAUUCCUUUAAGACACUUCACCUAAAUCACAAAAUCUAACAUGGCUGAUGAGGAGAAAAAAGCAGCGGCACCGGCACCAGCUCCAGCAGCUGCACCAGCGGCAGCCCCAGCUGCUGCUCCCGCGGCGGCGGCACCAGCUGCCGCAGGAGCCAAACCAGCAGCUGCACCCGCUGCUGGAGCAGCUCCUGCUGCAGGAGCAGCACCCGCCGCCGGAGCAGCGCCCGCUGCUGGGGCAGCACCAGCCAAAAAUGGCAAAGUCGAUGAGGCAAAGAAGGCUAAACAAGCCGAAAUCGAGCGCAAGCGUGCUGAAGUACGCAAGCGUAUGGAAGAAGCUUCCAAGGCUAAGAAGGCCAAGAAGGGUUUCAUGACCCCUGAAAGAAAGAAGAAACUCAGGUUGUUGCUCCGCAAGAAAGCCGCUGAAGAAUUGAAGAAAGAACAAGAACGCAAAGCCGCCGAACGCAGACGUAUCAUCGAAGAACGUUGUGGCAGCCCCAGAAACCUUAGUGAUGCCAGCGAAGAGCAACUUAAGCAAAUCUGCAAACAAUACCACGACAGAAUUUGCAAUUUGGAGAACGUUAAGUACGACCUCGAAUACGUUGUCAAGCGCAAGGAUGUUGAGAUCAACGAUCUCAAUGCCCAAGUUAACGAUCUUCGUGGCAAGUUCGUCAAGCCUGCUUUGAAGAAGGUUUCCAAGUACGAAAACAAAUUCGCCAAGCUCCAAAAGAAGGCUGCCGAAUUCAACUUCCGUAACCAAUUGAAGGUUGUCAAGAAGAAGGAAUUCACAUUGGAAGAAGAAGAGAAGGAGAAAAAGAUUAAAGAUAGUGUAUUAACUAAAGCCAAAAAGUAAGAAACCCGACUGGUCCAAGGGCAAACCUGGUGAUGCUAAGGAACAUGCUCCAGAAACACCGGCUCCAGCUUAAUUUGCCAGCAAUUGCAAAUAGGAAAUUUAAAAUUAUUAGUUUUUUUUUCUGCUGUAUUCAGUGCAAAUUCUUUACUUUUUAAAACAACAAUUUUAUUACCCAAAAAAAUAAUGUAAAAAUUAUUAACAAAAAAAUAAAUUAUUUUAAAU